AGACCUCCUCCUACCAUUCACUUGUUAAUGGCAUUACACCCUUUAACAAAACAAGUGUCAGAGUGUUAUGACUUCAGCUCCCUGUUGUGAGGAUCUGCAAUAACUGCCACAAGACAGAAAACAAAAUGAGAGGGUGCAUAUGACGCAGUUGUGGCAGUUGCUCCUCGUUGCCUGGACCUGAGCAUCCGAGCAUCACUUCCUGAGCCAGUCAGAUGACAUCCCAGACACAAUCUGGCGGAAAGAACCGUCAUCGAGUUAUUCGAUUCUCCUGCGCAAAUAGCGCAGACUGCCGGUCCGCCGCUGUCGGCACCCUACGGAAAGUUCGUUAGACGCGUUGGUGAAUGCCAGGCCUUCCUUGCGUCGACGUAAAACGGGCUGGGAGUUUUCUCUUUUUUUUUUGGUACCGAGCGAAGAGGAGAUGCACACGGCACUCGAGUGAGAGUGCACAAUUUAAGACAAGUUGGAACCCCCCCCCCCCCAAAAAGCAGCAGUAUCAGGACUGGGGGGCCAAGCUAAAGGAGACGUAUUACGGGCACCAGAAGUAAGGGGACCAUGCGAGUACACGUGCACACCAAGUUUUGUUUCCUGUGCGUGCUCACCUUGCUCUUCCAUCAGUGCAACCACUGCCAUGGAGACGGGCACCAGCACGGCGGACAUCCCCAUGCCGACCACACCCACAGCGACCUGCAGAUUUCAGAGGCCCCGUACGUGAGAGGAGCCACUUUGUCCCCAGACUCCAAAAGUCCUAAAGGGCCGACUCUAGAGGAGGAGCAGCGCUUCUACAUCCAGCAGCUGUUCACGCGCUACGGCCAGAAAGACCGGCUGGAUUUCCAGGGAUUUCAGAGCAUGCUGUUCAGCUUGGGUCUGGGUGAAGUGAAGGUGCUAGAUGGGGAUCACGAGCAGCUGGGCCAUGACCACGUGAGUCACCUCGACCUGGUGGAUAUGAAGGAGGGGCUUCACUCGCACUCGUCCGCCAAUGAAGAGGAUAGCCAGGGUCACAGGCAGGGCCAUCCGCACCACAAGCCCGGCUCCCACCAUCCACACACGGAACAAGUUCCCACAAGUUGCACCCAGCACACCACUGCUGCUAGUCCAGCUGCCGGUGCAGCCGCAGGGCUCGACCACAAACAUGACGCAGAACACAAUCAUGACCACACCAAGGUAGAGGAUAGUGACCAGAGAAAUUCUGAUGGACAUGUGCAGGACACACACGAUCAUGAUCACGGCCAUGAUCACGCACAUGACAAAGAGCACAAACGUGAGCCGGUACAGGUCCACUCAAACCAAAAGGAUCUCUCUUCCCAACCUCACAGCGCUCACGAUCACAGCGAUCACGAUCACAGCGAUCACGAUCACAGCGCUCACGAUCACAACGAUCACGAUCACAGCGCUCACGAUCACAGUGUUCACGAUCACAGUGCUGACAAUCACGACCACGGUGCUCACGAUCACAACGAUCACGAUCACAGCGAUCACGAUCACAGCGCUCACGAUCACAGCGCUCACGAUCACAGCGUUCACGAUCACAGCGAUCACGAUCACAGCGCUCACGAUCACAGCGCUCACGAUCACAGUGUUCACGAUCACGAUCACAGUGCUGACAAUCACGACCACGGUGCUCACGAUCACAACGAUCACGAUCACAGCGAUCACGGUCACAGCGAUCACGAUCACAGCCCUCACAAUCACAGCGCUCACGAUCACAGUGUUCACGAUCACAGUGCUGACAAUCACGACCACGGUGCUCACGAUCACAGCGAUCACGAUCACAGCGCUCACGAUCACAGCGCUCACGAUCACAGCGAUCACGAUCACAGCGCUCACGAUCACAGCGCUCACGAUCACAACGAUCACGAUCACAGCGCUCACGAUCACAGCGAUCACGAUCACAGCAACCGCGACCAAAGCGACCAUGGCCACAGCGAUGACCACAAUCAUGUCCCCGAAUUGCAGACAGUCACAGACAUUACUGCCUCUCCUCAGUUGGAGCCGUCCCAAGUCCCUCAGGUGGCACAGUCCUCUCCCUCCACCACAGAAAGUCGUCCCAAGAAGCCGAGAAAGCCCACCAGGGCCAGAGCACAGCGAAUGCGAAACAGAACCCCUUCGCCUCUUGUACCGCAGUCCGAUGACCAUGACCAUCAAUCCGAACACAGUCACAGCCUCGUAUCUCAUAAAGAAAAGAGAGAAGCAACCGGAGGGCCUGCCAGCCACCCCACUUUGCCAGUCCCGGUCUUGUCUGGCCACCUAGGAUUGUCUCAUCAGCAUGAGGAGUGUUUGAACCUGACUCAGCUCCUCGCCUACUACGGCCUGAAUCCCAACUCGCUCAUCUCCCCCAGCCAGUUCACCUACCUGUGUCCUGCCCUGCUCUACCAGAUAGAUAGUCGUGUCUGCAUCCGCCAUCACGACAUGGAUGUGCAGCAGGAAGCCAUGGACUCAGUCAGUUCCGGGUGGGUGUGGCUGUGGGGGUUUGUGUCCAUCACCAUCAUCAGCCUGCUGUCUCUGCUGGGCGUGGUGCUCGUGCCCAUCCUCAAACAGUCCUGCUUCAAGUUCCUGCUCACCUUCCUGGUGGCGCUGGCAGUGGGCACGCUCAGCGGUGACGCCCUCCUUCAUCUGCUGCCUCACUCUCAAGGGCCACACGAGCACGGCGCGCACGGGGAGCACGGGAUGACUGAGGAAAUUGAUCUGAUCACAAAAUUUGACGGGGUGUGGAAGGGCCUGACGGCGCUGGCUGGCAUCUACCUCCUCUUCAUCAUCGAACACUGCAUCGGCAUGUUCAAGCACUACAAAGACCACCGGGGCAGGAAGAAGGCGAUCGAGGAGGGCAAGAUCGGCAGGAAGUUGUCCGACCACAAGCUGAACCGGCGCUCGGAUGCGGAGUGGCUGCACCUGAAGCCGCUCAGCGAAGACCCUGACAGCACCGCCGUCUCCUGCGACAAUGGUCAUAACGACACGCAGCUCUCGGAGUUGCGGCCGCCCGACUCUCCCACCAACAAGACGCCGCUGGCGCCGACGAACGUCCAGCAGGGCCGCCAGUCGCCCACCAAGGAGAACGGGGGCAAGGCCAAGCAUCACGGCCACUCGCAUGGCCACGGCCACUCCCACGGAGGGAACUGCCAUUCCGACCAGGAGAUGAAGGAUGCCGGCAUAGCCAGCAUCGCCUGGAUGGUCAUCAUGGGCGAUGGCAUGCAUAACUUCAGUGACGGCCUGGCGAUAGGUGCGGCAUUCAGUGCAAACCUGACGGGAGGCAUCAGCACGUCGGUGGCUGUUUUCUGCCACGAAUUACCUCACGAACUUGGUGACUUUGCGGUGCUGCUGAAAGCCGGGAUGUCAGUGAAGCAGGCCAUCUUCUACAACCUGCUGUCCGCCCUCAUGGCCUACCUUGGCAUGGUGAUUGGCACCGCCGUGGGCCAGUACACACACAACGUCACCAGCUGGAUCUUCGCCAUCACGGCUGGCAUGUUCCUUUACGUGGCUCUGGUGGAUAUGCUGCCAGAAAUGCUUCACGGUGACAGUGAGGAGCACAAGCGCUGCCAGCUGGGACACUUCGUUCUGCAGAACCUGGGCAUGCUGACCGGGUUCGCCAUCAUGCUGCUCAUCGCCAUCUUCGAGGACCGCAUCAUUAUCAAUUUUGGCUUUUAGUGAAGAAGAGUGGGGGGUGGGGGGAGUGAAGGAAGGGAGAGCUGGACGCAUCAAUAGUUGGCCUUAACAUGCUUCGUUCGCAAUGCAGCGGCCCAGUCUAGCAUGCGGUGUGGGUCUCGUUCGUGGCUAGUGCCUCCAUCCCAAACAUGUAGCGGUAGCUUCUGCCUCCAUCUCGUGACUCUGCCGGUGAUGUUUACACUCUGCCCCUCCAGCAACGCUGAGCCAUGAAGCUUCAUCUUUAAAAAAAUUAAAUAAAGAGCUGCAGACGGGAAGGUGGUGCAGGAAAUACGUUUCCUGUCACAGCCCGGCAGCUCACCGCCUAUGCAUCAUAAUCAUCAUCAUCAUCAUCAUCACCUGUUGUUAGCGUGCUGUCAGCUAUCCCUCCUGCUCAUCUCGUACCCAUCACCCUGUGCCGUGUCCCGCCAUCCAUGCCUCGUACAUCUGUGGUGUGCGCGCUCCAUCCAUCAUCGAGUCCCGGUGUCGUCCCGCUGUGAGUGAAACAUCUCGUGUCUCUCUCUGUGCCAAGCCCCGGCCACUGGAGCAGCACCGGCGGAGCGCUCGCUUUAGCUAGCUCCGCCCAGAUGGAACCAUCUAGCUUCACCUUCAAAAUGUAUUGACAGCUUUCAGUGUCAAAACAGAAAAGUGUUCUACCUUGACUUUCCCUGGUCGAUCAUCUAAAUGGCUUUCUUUUUUUGCUGCAAUUUUCUCCAUUUAUCACUUCAGAGUUAUGUUUUAUUGUCUAAUUCAAUGGGAUUAUUAAACCCUUGUAGUUCAUAGUGAUAGCUCACACCGCUGACAAAGCCUUUCAUGUUUUUGUUUAGAAACUAGAUAUCACAAAUGUCGGACCAACUUCUUUUUUUAACAGUUUGACAAUCCGUAGCCGUUCGAUCGGGGUCGUUAGGCCUUUACUUUGUAUCUUUUGUAAGAAUCAGCCGCUUCAGAAUGUGCAUUGACAGACAGUAGAGAAGUGUUAUCGGUUUACUAGGUUUAUAUAGAGUGCUUCCUUGAGUUCCAAACAGGUGCCUAUUCCAAUUGGACCACCCUGCAGUGGACAUUUCAUUACACUAAGAGGUUGUGUUGUCACACUAAUGCAGAUUUUAAAUGAACAGAUGAACUGUAAAUACUCGAGGUCUUUGUAGCUUCAGUAGUCGAGCAGCAACAAAAUCAGUUUGGUUGCUACUUUAAAAAAAAAAAAAUGGAUUUGAAAGUG